UUCCCAUUCAGCCUAUAAUCUUCAAAACCACACUAUCGUUUCUUAUUUGCUUCAACUACUCCAUCACUCACAGCACCAUACCACACAGAAUCCUCUCCACGAAUCCAUGGCUCUCCGUUCUCUCGUCGCCCGGAAGACCAUAUCUUCUGCUUUCAAGGCCUCCACUGGGCUACGGCUAGGACAGCUACGAGGAUUACAGACUUUCUCUCUCCCUGAUCUCCCCUACGACUAUGGCGCUCUGGAGCCUGUGAUUAGUGGCGAGAUAAUGCAGCUUCAUCACCAGAAACAUCAUCAGUCUUAUGUUACUAACUUUAACGCGGCUCUCGAGCAACUUAAUGAUGCUAUGGAGAAGGGCGAUCCUGUCGCCGUUGUCAAGUUGCAGAGCGCCAUCAAGUUCAAUGGUGGAGGUCAUGUCAAUCAUUCCAUUUUCUGGAAGAAUCUUGCCCCUGUCCGUGAAGGAGGUGGUGAACCCCCACAUAGUUCCCUUGGUUGGGCUAUUGACACAGAUUUUGGCUCUUUGGAAAAGUUGAUUCAAAAAAUCAAUGCAGAAGGUGCUGCUUUGCAAGGAUCUGGAUGGGUGUGGCUUGCCUUGGACAAAGAAUUGAAGAAGCUUGUGGUUGAGACUACUGCAAACCAGGAUCCAUUGGUAACCAAAGGACCAUCUUUAAUUCCAUUGCUUGGUAUUGAUGUUUGGGAGCACGCAUACUACUUACAGUACAAAAAUGUCAGACCAGACUAUCUUAAGAACAUAUGGAAGGUAAUGAAUUGGAAGUAUGCGAGUGAAGUUUAUGCGAAAGAAUGCCCUUCAUCUUAGAAUGGUUUCCAUCCUAUGAUGGAAGUGGCUUUGUAGGUCAGGUUUGAAGAUGGAAUAAAUGAAAUUAUGUGUUGAUGUGUUGUAGAAUAUGAAGGCACCCCUUUCCCCUAUUACCCUUUGUUCGAAUGAGCUGUUUCCUGGCACAUCCAAUGUAUGAAAAUCAGGACGUUGUUGUGUUUUUUUUGCUCAUUUGUUCUUUGUUGGUUCCAUCAUUGGACAUUCUACCCUUCA